AUGUUGAAUCAAACUAGGUGUGAAACUGAUUUGGGAUGCAAUUCCUGGUUGGUUAAACUCUUUUCAGCCAAACAAACAGUGGAUCUGGAAUUCCAGGCCAGUUCGGCAGCAAUGGAUAAAACACACAAGGAGGAGGCAGUGAAAACCACAUGUCAUGAAGAUACUACCAGUACUGAUGGAUCAAGCAUGGAUGAAUACGAUCCAUGGAAUCCUCCGUAUCCUCCUCCAUGCCCUCCUGCUGUUGAAUAUAGCUUAAGUGAAUCUAUCCGUUUAGUAGCUAAGUGGUCACGUGAGAAAGAAGCUGCACUUGGUGCCCUCAGAGCAUCCAGUAUAAUCUUCCCAGAACGCAUCCCUAAGGAGGUGAAUCAUCUCUUCCAUGAUAAAGUGCACCAUUUGGCACCCAUCCUGGAUAAGGAUAGUGUCCGGCGCUUUCUCAGCUAUAUGGAGAGGAAUGGGCAGGGCAUGCGAUGGGGUUCGAUCAUCACCCCAGAGGCUUUGAACCAUAUGAUUUCACAAAAUGCGGUGAAAUGUGUCAAAAUUGUCUUGGAGGGCCAGGCACCUGAGCUUGAUGGGUGCCGAGCCGGUCCCAACUGCAUGAACCAGUAUGGGUACUAUCCCCUCCACCGAGCUGCUGAAUUUUUUUCGGUUGACAUGAUUCAGUUGCUCGUCCGCCACGGCGCGUCCGCCAAUCUACUCACAGCCGGUGCUGAGGUCAUCGAGGGCCUUCUCCCACUCCAUGUUGCAGUUGAGAACACGUGUAUGCAUAAGUAUCUGGAAGACAGUCUGUUUCCUAACCACGAGCAUCGGGAUUACAGUGAGGCAGAUGCCAACUUUAUCUUCAAGCUCAUCCAUCUUCUGUGCCUACCUGAAAUGAAGAUCUUCUUGGAUACGACUCGGCUGAUUGCAAAAUACACAGAUAAUCUAUUGGAUGAGCUGUGGAAUUACAUAAAAGAGGGAAAGCUUGCCGAGACAGCCGUUUUGCUCAUGGCAGCUCAAGAGCAGAUACGCAUGGGAACUUCUCGCAAGAGAAAUGGAGAUAGUAAGCCAGAUGGGCUUGCUAUUAUCUGUGACCGUAUUUGGAACAACAAUAUUGCUUUGCAGUCUGAGAAGGGUCAGCAAGUGGAGGCAAGGAUAAAGCUUAAUAAUAUGGCAUUGAUGCUUGUUCAUGUAAUUUCCAAAGCUGGUGAAGGUCUUGAUUCAUACAUUCAGAAGCAUCUAGAGGUGCCGUAUUUCAUGCAGGUGCCCCAUUUGGAGGUCAUUGAACGUGUCUCGUCGAUUCUCAAGGAUAAUGGUUUUUGUCCUACUAGUGAAUGGACAGAAAUUGGAAACCUCUGCCCCUAUGAGGAUGUGUUGUCCAGUGAGGAUGUACCUAACAAAUCUGGGGAAAGUGACACAAACAGGGAAGCUCUAGAAAUGGAUUAUCUACAGACAGUAGUGAAUAAGGCCACAAGAAAGAGAAAACCAAGACGAUGGGAGCUCAAACUCGCCAGGAGAAGCUUCUUCCCAUGGUGGAGAUCAGUGUUAUCUGCCCGGUCUAAAGUCAAGAUCAUCCCCCACAAAUGGGCACGUCCUUCUGAAUGCUUGGAUCUCGAGAUGGCUUGGAAGAAACCUACUCAAGGCUUGGAUGGUGAGACAGCUUCGAAGAAGGAAACCGUCGAGGAUGGGUCUGCUGCUGCAGGUCAUGGCGUGAUGGGCCGAUUUCCCAUGGUGGUAUAUAGUAGCAAGCCCGGUGAGCUGUUUACUACAAUACCGCUCGCUGAUAUACCCAAAUACAUGAAGCAACAACAGAGAAGGCAAUCCAGAAGGCUGUUUAGUACAGCGGUUAAUUAUCAGCCCAGGAUGGUGAUUGGUACAGGAGUGAAUCCUCAACCCGGAAGAAGGCUGUUUGGUACAGCGGCAUUGAUGCUGCUCAAAGUGUUGAAGAAGGCAUGA